GCCAGAGCGUACAAGCUGUUCAAUCAAUUCAAGAGAGAGGAGAAGAAGACUGAGGAGGAGCUUCACAGAUUGCCAAAGGUCAACAUGGAGCGUCGGGAUGAGGAGAUCCAAGAUGAAAACUUCUCGACUGGAGUUUCAUAUGAAACAUAUGGCAAUGCCGUUACCUUAGAGGAUGCAAACUCACUUGGAAACAUUGAGGAGGACUCUGCGGUCGUGAAGAUGAGCCCAUGUGGAGCUCAUGCAGGAAGUGAGUUGUUACCGUCUGUACAACAAGAUCAGAAUGACACCAUCAUGGCUGAGGUUGCAGAUGAAGAAAUUAAACUCUUUACGGGAACAGUGGGCCGCUUGAGUGGAAGGAAGGGACCGCCUACAGCUCCACUCCAACAUCCUUUGAAAAACAAUCUGCAGAAAGAGUCUCUAUCAGACGUGAGUGAUACCAUUCACUGCAGACCUCCAAAAGGGAGAACAGAGAAUAAUGCAAAAGGGGAAACGCAAGCAUGUGAGGUGAAGCCAGUUUUGAGUGACUACUCUUCAACAAAACCAAAGGUUACUGACACUGACGAUCAAAAGGAGUCAGUGAGGCCUUAUCUACAAACAGACACAACUGAAGCAACCACAAAUCAAAACUUGAAUUCAGCAUCAAAUCCGGCCUUACCUGCUGAACCCAGUUCUAUUCUGGAGAAGCUACUGAAGAGAAAUAGAAAGGAGACAACCCCAGCUGUUUCAGAAAUAAAAGAGGUAAACAACACCUUGGAUGUUACUGCAAAGAGGAUCCCUGACAGUGCGGCACCAGAGCUGUUCACUGAUAAAAAUGUACCUAUGCCAAUAUUUGAUCUGAAGGGGUUGAUAGAGAAACCACAUAAAGAAAACCUUGCAGCCAAAGAGCAUCACGUUACAGGCCGGGACAUGAAACAAACAGACACUACAGACACCUCAGAUGUACUUCAGCCUGGAGUGAUUGCAAAUACCAUGUGUGAGAGCUCAUGCACAAACUCACAUUGUUCCAAAGUUGAUUGUCAGAGUACAAAGAACAUCGACUCAACAGAUGCUUCAGUUAAGGAGAUAAAGCGCAAUACAAGCCCCUCUAAAAACCUGACCUCAGAAAACUCACAAUCAGCUGUUUCACAUGAAAGAACGUCUUGUGAAGUGAGUGGUGUGAUUACUGAGGAAUCUGCACCUUCUCCACUGUCUCCACCCACAAAGAGUGAUGGGCAAAUUGCAGACUCAUGCCAUUUACUUACUGCAGAGAAGACAGCCGCCAGCACUGUAAGAGCACCUCUACAGAGAAAGAGUGACAGCGAAAGCAAAGCUGAUCCACAGUUAUCUGGCUCUUCGUGCUCAGAUGAUCAACCUGUGAGGAGGAAGAAGGUGAAGGACACUGCUGCACCAGCUGCGGAGGCUGGCUUAGUUUUGGUUGUAGACGACACAGUUAAAUCAGAGGAAAGCCACCAGGUCACAGCAGGCAUGAAGCAGGAUCUUCAUACACUUCACUCAGAAAAUAUGAUGCCAGACCAGCCUGAUAAAAAACCUGUUAAAGAGAGCAAUGACAGCGUCUCAGAGAGAGAUAAAUCCCAGAGCACUCCCAAAUCUAGGCCUGUCUCAGAACUCAUAAAGGAGACCAUUCAACUGCAUGAAAAACUGCAGCACCAGGACCGACCAAAGCCAGCUGAAGUCAAGUCUGAUGAGCAGGGCCAGUCUUUGAAGGUGGCACAGAUGAAGGCGGCUUUCGACUCAGCUCAGAAAUCCACAGACAAGGCCAUCGAGAGGAAGCCAUCAGUGAGAAAAGAUAUGAGACGAGUUGUACGGCAGAGCAAAUUCCGUCACGUCUUUGGCCAGGCGGUGAAGAAUGACCAAUGCUACGAUGAUAUCCGGGUGUCAAGGGUCACAUGGGACAGCGCCUUCUGUGCAGUCAACCCCAAGUUUGUCGCCAUAAUUAUUGAGGCCAGUGGCGGUGGAGCUUUCCUCGUUCUCCCUCUUCAUAAGACGGGACGCAUUGACAAAUCCUACCCCACAGUGUGCGGCCACACAGGCCCGGUGUUAGACAUUGAAUGGUGCCCCCACAAUGAUCAGGUCAUCGCCAGCGGCUCCGAGGACUGCACAGUGAUGGUGUGGCAGAUUCCUGAGAAUGGCCUUGUCACUGCCAUGUCUGAGCCAGUAGUGGUACUGGAGGGCCACUCCAAGCGCGUUGGCAUCAUCACAUGGCACCCCACAGCACGCAAUGUCCUUCUUAGUGCAGGUGGCGACAACCAGAUCAUCAUCUGGAACGUGGGCACAGGAGAGGCUAUGAUCAACCUGGAGGACAUGCACCCCGAUGUCAUUUACAACGUGUGCUGGAACCGCAACGGUAGCCUCAUCUGCACCUCCUGCAAGGACAAGGGCAUCCGUGUCAUCGACCCCCGCAAGGAGACGAUUAUUGCUGAGAAGGAGAAGGCACAUGAGGGCGCUCGACCCAUGAGGGCCAUUUUCCUUUCUGAUGGCAACGUCCUGACCACAGGUUUCAGUCGCAUGAGUGAGAGACAGCUAGCCCUCUGGAACACGUCAAAUAUGGACGAGCCGAUGACUGUUAAUGAGAUGGACACCAGCAACGGAGUGCUCCUGCCCUUCUAUGACCCAGACACCAAUGUUGUUUACCUCUGUGGGAAGGGUGACAGCAGCAUCCGUUACUUUGAAAUCACAGAUGAGGCUCCAUAUGUUCACUUCCUCAGCACUUUUGCCACCAAGGAGCCCCAGAGGGGCAUGGGCUACAUGCCCAAGAGAGGCCUCGAUGUCAACAAGUGCGAAAUUGCGAGGUUCUAUAAACUGCACGAAAGGAAGUGUGAGCCUAUCGUGAUGACUGUACCUAGAAAGUCGGACCUGUUCCAGGAUGACUUGUACCCAGACACUGCUGGACCCGACCCUGCCCUGGAGGCUGAGGACUGGUUUGACGGAAAGAAUGGGGACCCCAUCGCCAUCUCCCUCAAGAACGGCUACGUCCCGGGCAAGAACCGCGAGUUCAAGGUGGUCAAAAAGAACAUUUUGGACAGCAAGCUCACCAAGAACUCAGAGAACUCGAGCCCUGCCAACAAGUCUGCCUCCCCAACUCCAUCGAUUAAAUCUGAAGCCAAGCUGGAGGAGAUCUUGAAAGAAAUCAAAUCCCUCAAGGACCUCGUCAGCAGUCAGGAGAAGCGAAUCAUCAAACUUGAAGAGCAAAUGUCCAAAAUUGCCAUUUAGGGACCCUUUACCCAACCCGCUACAAUUCAGGACGUUCCAUUGGCUAGGGGGUGGGCGGGACCAGUCACUGCCUAUCUCAAUGACAGUGUUUCGUCUGAGGCCUGCCUAGCAACGAUCCCUAGCAACAUUCCAGAUGAACUUUUUCUUAGCCAGCCCCCGACCCUCACUUUAACACAGGUGGAAUAAGGACGUGUGGCAAAUUUAGCAGAAAAAUACUCUCGCUUUUUGGUGACAAAGGACUCUUUUUCCUUUUAUUGUGUGGCAGUCAUUUUUUUAUUUUGUCUACUUGGAUUUAAAAGAAAAAAAAAAAGGGUCUUGCAUAUUCCUUUUGCAUUUUAGAAAUAUGACCAAGAAAAAUUCCAGUUUGUCAUUGCAUACCCAAAUAUUUUUUUAAGUAGAUAUCAGUGUUUCAUGUUACCGUACCCCAAAAUUAUAAUGUUGCCAAAUUUUUUUUGAAAUUUUGUUUACACCUCCUUAACAGUAUUUGUUUCUCUCUCUUUGUGGUAAGAUUCAAACCAAAUGCAAACAGGGAAAGCUCAGUGCAGUAGACUGGUUAUGUAAGGAGAAGGAGAGUUAAAUCAAUAAUAUACUAUGAGAUUAAACUAAUUAGAUAGUUAAUGAGGAAGAUUGACAUCCCAAACUCUGAAAUUAAGAGGAAAUUAAUUCACAUUUAUCUGCCACUGUCUACACAGACGUCACGUAAACUACAAGUCUGACUGUCUGUGUUGAAGCUGCACAAAUUAAAACCUGCUUUUUCGACCAUUUCCUCUCAUUCCCUGCUACUUCCCGUCGUUCCGACUGUGGACAAUAGUCCAUGUAAACGCGCAUUCCUUUCUGUCUUGCUUUAUUAAUACGCACUGUGUGCUUAUUGGAGAAAACGACAAAACACAUUCCACAAAUCUCAUCUGCAGUUCUUGAUGUGCGGGGGGGGAGAGAGAUGGGGAGGGGAGAAAAGAAAAAAAAGAAACGCUUCUCUAAAGUUCCUCUUUCUGUAAACACUCUACUGUAGUGACUCAGUUACACUGGUUGGUUGUUAUUGUGACAUUCAUGCGCUGCCCAUGGAAAGACCAACCUUGUGGAUUUUCAACCUCAGCUCUGCUUUGUUUUGGUGAGAGGUUCAGUCACCGAGCCUCUGUGUUAGAUAUCCACGGGAGCUUUUGUGCUCAACACACAAGUGCAGUCAAGUGUAGUGGGAUUAUUUGUUGUCACUGUUCCUUUUGCAUUGUACGCCAUCUCAGAUCUGUGUUUUCUGUACAGACGAAACAGUAACGGAUUAUAAAAAGAAAAACAACAAAAAAAGAUGACACCAAGUAAUCACACGUUGACUUGACUAUUUAAAACCAUCUGGUAAUACAACUGGAGAUUGCUACAGAAACUGUUCAUGAUAGACCUUAAAGGCCUAGAUUGUGUGUGUGAAUAUGUGCCUCAUGUCUUUGGUCUUUUGGGUAUCUGUCACUAUGGAUAUUCCUGCUUUGUUUCUUAUUGGGGUGGGGGGUGGGGGUGGGUUACGAAAUGGACUCACAGUAGAACGUCCAAGACUUGCCUCUAACUUGGAUGAAUUGAAUAGUUGGGUUAUUGCUUCACUGUUAAUUUUAGCCUGUUUCUUGUUCCAGCUGUGCUUAUAUCCCUCUUAGCACUUCCA